AUGGCGGAAACCGAUCAACCGUCAGGGCGCAGCGCUGACGUCAAACCUCAGGAUGUGGUCUCAAACUUCAACUUUGUGGUUCCUAAGAAUGAAAUAGUCAUGGUCCCUGACAUGGGCAAAUGGAAACGGUCGCAAGCAUAUGCUGACUAUAUGGGCUUCGUCUUAACACUGAAUGAAGGUGUGAAGGGAAAGAAACUCACAUGUGAAUAUACAAUAUCAAGGACAGUGGAAAAGUUAGUUGAACUGCUAGAUACUCUGGACAGAUGGAUUGAUGAAACUCCUCCAGUCGAUCAGCCUUCCAGGUUUGGUAAUCAGGCCUUCAGGACCUGGUUUUCCAAACUAGACAAGAAUGCAGAGGAACUGGUCGCUGCUGUGCUCCCAGACGACCAGCAAGCUGCAGCUCCAGAAAUAGCCGUUUACCUGAAAGAGUCUGUGGGGAACCAAACCAGGAUAGACUAUGGAACAGGUCAUGAAGCAGCCUUUGCAGCCUUUCUUUGCUGUCUUUGUAAAGUUGGAGCACUUCAAGCAGAAGAUCGACUAGCUAUUGUUUUUAAGGUGUUUGACAGAUAUUUGCAGGUAAUGAGAAAGCUGCAGAAAACCUAUAGAAUGGAGCCAGCCGGGAGUCAAGGCGUAUGGGGUCUGGAUGAUUUUCAGUUUCUGCCUUUUAUUUGGGGAAGCUCUCAGUUUUUAGAUCAUCCAACUUUGGAACCUCGGCACUUCAUUGACGAGAAGGUGGUCAACGAUAACUGCCAGGACUACAUGUUUCUCGAGUGCAUCAAAUUCAUAAACGAGAUGAAGACUGGUCCAUUUGCUGAGCACUCUAAUCAACUUUGGAACAUCAGUGCUGUUCCCGUCUGGUCCAAAGUCAACCAAGGCCUGAUCAAAAUGUACAAAGCCGAGUGUCUGGAGAAGUUCCCUGUGAUUCAACACUUCAAAUUUGGUAGCCUGCUCUCCAUCAAGCCUGUGAAGCCUUGA